AUGACCGACCCAACGGCAGUGAAACAGUUUGAAGUGUCCGCACCCGGUAAGGUCAUCUUGCACGGUGAACACUCGGUCGUGUAUGGUCAUCCGGCGAUCGCCGGUCCGAUCGGGCUACGGACAUACUUGCGUUAUGAGGCGCUACUACCAACGGAAAGCGCCACUUCCGGGCGUAUCGUUCUUCACUUCGAUUCGCUUCCAUUCACCUCCAGCCUUACCUCUGCUGCCUUCGAUGAGUUUCUCCGCGAUGUCGACUGUGCGGGUCAGCUAUCGCCGGAGCAGUUCCUUCAACAGCUUCGUACCGGCAACGCCUUCCCAUUUGCACACUACGUCAGCGAACAACCAACGACGGCCAAAGAGUGCUACUCACUCGCCGUUGCUCUUUACAUCUUCAAUCGAGUGCUAAGGACAGAAGGAGUGACGGAAGUUCACGGUGCUAGCUUCCGCCUGUCGUUGCGCUCUACGAUGAGCAUCGGCGCUGGACUGGGUAGCUCGGCAAGCUACGGUGUCUGUCUGGCUGCUGGAGCGUUUGUGUUGAGCCGUAUUCUGAAAGGCGAACUAACGGACGCAUCCAUCAGCCAGUGGUCACUGGCGUCUGGCGAUCAGCUGGCGAAGAUUUCCGGUUGGGCGUUCGAUUCCGAGAUCAUUAUGCACGAGAAACCGUCCGGCAUCGACAAUACGAUCUGUACUUACGGUGAGUUGAUACGCUUUCGCCGAGCGGAUCCGGCCCAUCGGACCAUUCAUCUGCAGCGUCCGCUGCACGUGCUGAUCAUCGACAGUGGGGUAAGCCGUAGUACGGCCCAGCUCGUAGCGAUCGCGGCCGAUCGUCGCAAGCAAUUUCCACGCACCAUGGGCCAAGUAUUCGGGGCGAUGGGUGAGCUCGUCGAGGAGGUGAUCGAACUGCUCGAGACACCGCCGGAACCCAAUUACGAGCGAAUCCGUACGCUCGUUACCAUCAACAACAAUCUGCUUCGCUCGCUCGGUGUCAGUCAUACGGCGCUGGAACACAUCUUCCGGAUCGCCGAACGGCACGGAUACGGCUGCAAGUUAACUGGUGCCGGUGGUGGGGGCUGUGCCUUCCUUCCGCUGCCAGAACAGUACGAGGACCUUACUUCAUACCGGGAGCUGGUGCAGGAGUUGAACGAGGCCGGUUUCACAUCCAUUCCAACGACGAUCGGUGGCGGAACGGGCGUUAAGUUGACUAACGGGGUGACGGAAGAAUAACGCACUGGUUUAUCAUGACGGGUAGAAUCAUAAGUUCGGUAAAAGGGAAAGCACUCAGGAAAGCCUUUUGUUGGGUAAAUGGUAAUAGCAUAGUUUUUAUGACCUCCCAUUGUCCUACCGGUCACAACUUUGUGGGGUUGCGGUUAGUUGGUUGGUUGGUUCGUUUCAAAUAAUAAAAUAUUUAUGGAUUUCUUUUCGUACACGUG